UUACAAUACUAAUAUGAUGUUUUAUUAUUGUUGCUUUUACGCACAAAAUGUUGCGUUUUGCCUUGCUUAUUUAUGAAUUGAAAUGGUCACAAAUAUUUCCCAAUGCAACGUCAUACAUAGUAAAAAAAAAUGUCCCGGAACUUCCGGUUCGUCUAGGCGGAAGUAGGUACGUGGCUGCUUCACUGACAGACUACAUGAUGGCGGCAGAGGUUCAGAGCGGCGACCUCGAUAGCGCUUCUUCUAGCCGGCUCGAAGUCUCCAUCGAUGGCCUCACGCUCAGCCCCGACCCGGAGGGCGAGCAGGGCCAUGUCGAGGUGCCGGAGCCCGAAGCCGUGGAGCGAGACACCGAUACACCGGGUGUGGAUGACGGCGAAGAUGGAGAGUCAGUCAAAUCUGCGAUGGAGAGAAAAUGGGGCUUUCCGCUCCAAGACCUGUACGCCAUGGCCCUUAAAUUCUUCAAAGAUAAAGACGGAAAGGCCUUCCACCCCACCUACGAAGAGAAGCUUCGUUUAGUAGCGCUGCACAAACAGGUGUUGCUGGGUCCUUAUAAUCCUGACGCUUCCCCUGAGGUCGGCUUCUUUGAUGUCCUGGGCAAUGACCGGAGGAAAGAGUGGGCCUCGCUGGGCAACAUGGAACGUGAGGAGGCCAUGGUGGAGUUUGUGAAGCUGCUUAACAAGUGCUGCACCCUCUUUGCUCCCUACAUCACCUCCCACAAGAUUGAGAGGGAGGAGCAGGAACGGAAAAGGAAAGAAGAGGAGGAACGCCAGCGAAGGGAGGAAGAGGAGCGAGAGCGACAGAGGCUAGAGGAAGAAAGACGGAGACUUGAGGAGGAGGAACGACUGCGAAGGGAGGAGGAAGAAAGACAGCAAGCGGAGGAGGAAAGACAACGAAUUGAGCAGCAAAAGCAGCAGAUCAUGGCUGCAUUAAAUGCUCAGACGGCAGUGCAGUUCCAACAGUACGCUGCUCAGCAGUAUCCCAACAGUCCGGAGCAACAACUGGGCCUCAUCCGUCAGCUGCAAGAGCAACACUAUCAACAGUACAUGCAGCAGCUCUAUCAGGUCCAGCUGGCCCAGCAACAGGCUGCGCUUCAGAAACAGCUGCAGGCAGAAUCCAUGUCCCAGAUGAACCUUGAAUCCAGCUGCUGCCACGGCGGCGAGCACCACUCUGCCACUGCCGCCGCGCCACUGUGCACGUCUCACACCGGUGAAGAAGUUCCCACAGUCAACGGUGGCCACUCAGACUCGUACUCGGAGGGCAUGGACAGGGAGCCUGAGCCCGAGUUAGCUGAAGAGAUCUCAGAGAACGGGCCGCUAUUAGACUCACCCACCGUCAUCGCUGCCCCUUCCAUGUGGACACGGCCGCAAAUCAAAGACUUUAAGGAGAAAAUCCGGCAGGACGCCGACAGCGUGAUCACGGUGGGGCGUGGCGAGGUGGUGACGGUGCGCGUGCCCACCCACGAGGAAGGCUCCUACCUCUUCUGGGAGUUCGCCACAGACUAUUAUGACAUCGGCUUUGGAGUUUUCUUUGAGUGGACCGAUGCCGCAUCCGCAUCAGUCAGCGUGCACGUCUCCGAGUCCAGUGACGACGAUGAGGAUGACGAAGGAGACCCACAGAACGAGGAGGAGAAAGCGAAGAAAGUGGCCGGGAAGCCUCAGGUGGAUGAGAUUGUGCCGGUGUACCGACGGGACUGUCACGAGGAGGUCUACGCCGGUAGCCACCAGUACCCGGGUCGUGGAGUCUACCUGCUUAAAUUUGACAACUCCUAUUCACUCUGGCGUUCCAAGAGUGUUUACUACAGAGUCUACUACACCAGAUAAGCCUGAAUACUGACGGAGGAGGAGCCAGCGAGUGCAUCAUUCACAGUGCGGAAGCGUGGAUUCAGCCACCAGAGGGCGACAACUGGACACGUUAGUGUUACAGAGGUCACACCCAGUUGUGUUAUCAAGCCUGUGGAUUGAUGGACGGUCACCACCUGUCUUUGCCGCAGUCGUGGGCUUGGCUUAAGGUCUUUGCUCUUUUUGUGUUUUUCCAUCCUUUUCUGUGACGGCCCAACACUGUCCAAACCAACUUGAGCCCAGAAAGACAUUCUGAAUACCAUGAUGUGAAACUGGCAAAUCAUUCCAACCCCGAUUCAGAUUCUGUAAAUCCCCACAGAACACUAUUUCUAAUAUCUAAAUGUAUGACAUCAUGACACACUGCCUUUGUUGAGAUCAACCUCACUGACACACAAGCCGACAAGUCAAGAAGCUCAAAGCCAUGAAACUAACGUGUAGACCCUGGAAGGUUACUGGAACAGAAAUUGUGAAGGAAAUUAACAAAACAGGAGUUAAUUCUCUGUGCAUUGAUAUUUAAAUAAAUUAUAAAAUAUUUCUUCCUUUGUUUGUGUGUGGAGUGGGAGGCUAUUUGGUGUAGAAGCAGCACUGUUGUACCAUGACAAACUCACUGUGCAGGCUCUCCGCUCUGGAAGGAAAUGGUCAAGUCAUUGUGUUUUUGUCCCUUUUUGCUUGUAUCACAGAACAAUACCUCAAGUUCUGUCUUCACUGCGCAGAAAUAUGUGAUUCAAAUCAAUAUUAAUGUGUCUUGGUUCUUUGGAGAUAAGGCCAUCUGCUUUCAUGUUUUAAUGAUUUCCUUCAUGCUUGUUCAGUUUUUCUGGUGUUGAUGUGCCGACUGCAGUGUUGGAUCAUCUGUCUGAACUGGAGUCAAACAAGGUUACAUUUGGUCCUUCUCACACCGCAGUGUAUUUCUGUGUUUUUGCAACAAAACACAGCAUUAACCUUUUAUUUCAGCAAAGUGCUCCGCCAUCCAUCCAUGUCCAACAGAGUCCUCUCAUUGAACAUGUCAUUUAUUGGAUUCUGAGUUUCCACCAAAUGUUCUGAGUCUUUCAAGCCUUGUAUGUACAUAUAAUUCUAUAAAUGACUUCUGUCUGGGGUUUUUUUUUUUUUUAGAAGUGGAAAGGUUUUGAGAAUCAAUGCACUGUAAAAUGGUGAAUGAGAUAUAUAUAUAUGUGAACGUUUUACACGGAAUGAGAGGUUAAAAAGAAGUCCUGUCGGAGGGUUUGAGCUGGAAGACCAUCUUUUUGACUUGUUUUGUUCGGAUCUCUGAGUUUGGAAGAUCAUUUUGGGCAUAUAUUUAAUCUUGAUUAAACGUAUGUUCAUCUCUAGUGCUGCGAAUGUGUCUUUUACGUGCUUUUAUUUUGACAACCGUAUUUGCAGGGCAAGGCAAGGAUUUUGUGUUUUUCUUAAGGUGAGUGAAUUUCAAUUUUGUGUGUGGUCAGUGAAGGCAACACCAAGAGAACAUCAACCAGAGACACUUUACU